GACAGACGUGUCUCGGGUUGAGGGCUUAUGUGCCGGUUUGCAUCAAUACGCCGUGGUAUGCCUUCGUGCGGCCUGUGCAGGAGGCGCCGGGGACCGUGGAGGGUGCGGGGAAGGUGCCGGUUCCUAUGAUGCCGUAAGUGAUACACUCUCUCCAGUUGUAAGUUUAUUUUUGAAGGGGUAAUGUUGAUAAGGUACAGGAGCAUCGUAAGCAAUUGCAUGCAGUAUGAACUCGUGGGCAGCGGGAGCAAAUACAAGGUGGAGAAUAUUGUGGCUUCGAAUAAUAUUACGAUGGAUGAGUUUCUGGCUCGGAAUCAGUAUGUGGAUAAGAAAAACCCGACAGCUUGGGAGGGGUAUUGGACCUGUGUUUCUAUUUCUUAGGGGUUGUGGUUUUGGCGCAUUGUGGGGCCGUACGAAGUAUGUUCGGAUUUGGCAUGGAGGAAGAGGUGAACUGAUGAAAGAUGCAAAAAUUACUAAACUAAGGAACAGGAGUCUAAGUUACAGGAAAACGAAGGGGUAUAUAUAGCCCUGAUCCAUUACGUAACCUAAACUCCCGUCCUAGCAACUUCCCGCAAUAUC